GAGCAGCAGUAACACAACCAUUAGGCCUACAGCACCUGAGUGAACAUGUUGUGCUGCCUUGGGAUUUGCAACCAGAGUAAGUCGUGGGUGUGUGCAGACAUAGACCGAAGGCUGUAUAUCCAGUCUGGCAGAGGGCGUGCCUCAUCACUCACACACAGGAGAUCAGAGUGUGAGGAAAGAGCAGCUGUCGGCAGUGGGACGUAUGGCAAGGAGGGCUCCGUGAGGUUCUACAUCAGAUCAAGAAUUUUACCUGCUGGUGGUUUUGUUUUGCAUUGCCUUUAAAGUCCCAAAGGAGAGCCAGGUGACAUCCCACUUCACCUCAACCCCAUUUGCCAUCAUGCUUCACUCUCCCGCUCCACUGAAAACAGCACUGGCCUAUGAGUGCUUCCAGGAUCAGGCCAAUUCUACCCUCGCUUUGCCUUCAGAUCACAAGCUGAAGACAAGGGGCACAGGAAAACAAAGGGUCCAGGAGCAGGUGAUGAUGACAGUGAAGCGGCAGAAGCAAAAGACCUCGCUUUCAUCAGCAUCCAAUGCAGCAGGCCACUCCAACCGAGGUUCCUUGUAUGAUGGUAUAGGUGAUGGUUACAGUUAUGGAACGGCCCGUGGAAGCUACUAUGCCAAAGCCCACACAGGAAAUAAUUGGGGUCAUGCGAUGUACAAUGGGACCCUCAAGAGGGAGCCUGCAGAGAACAAGCGCUACAGUUCAUACAGCCAAAUGGAUAGCUGGGCUGGGAGGAACUACAACAAGAUCUGCAGUCCUACUAGUCCUGGAAGUGAUUACUGCUUUGUACAGAAUAUGAAAAGUAGUCGUAGUGAGCCCGAUCUCUACUAUGACCCUCCACGCGGCACACUAAGAAGAAACCAGAGCGGAAGCCGUGUAAGUCACAAAGCCAGUCUGAAUCGCCACAGCCUCUACAGCACUACAUGCAAUAACCAGGGAAUUACAACCACUACAAGAACAAGCAAGAGAAUCCCAGUCCGCACUUCUUCGUAUACUUCUACUAAUAAGCAAGAUGUGGUCUAUGCUCAGCCUGUAGCUAGCAAACCGGAUGUGGUCUAUGGACAGCCUCCUUCCAAUUCAAAAAUUACCCAUGAUGAGAUGGAUUAUGGAGCCAUGACCAUCCAGAAAGCAAUUCAAUUCCUGUGUUCCUCAGAUGAGAAGUAUCAGGCCACGGGUGCUUACUACCUCCAGCAUACCUGCUUUCAAGAUGAGUCUGCCAAGCAAGAGGUCUACCGACUUGGUGGCAUUUCCAAGCUCAUUGAACUUCUUCGUAGCCCAGAUGAAAAUGUGCAGCAGGCUUCAGCUGGAGCCCUUCGAAACUUAGUCUUCAGAAACCCAACAAACAAGUUAGAAACCCGACGGCAGAAUGGAAUUCGGGAGUGUGUGAGCCUUCUCAGGAGGACUGGAAGUACAGAAAUACAGAAGCAGCUGACAGGUCUGCUCUGGAACCUGUCAUCCACUGAUGAACUGAAAGAAGAUUUGAUACAUGAUGCUCUCCCUGUCCUGACUGAUCGUGUGAUUAUUCCUUUUUCUGGAUGGUCUGAUGGUAUUAGUAACAGAUCGAGAGAAAUUGUUGACCCAGAGGUUUUCUUCAAUGCCACUGGCUGCUUGAGGAACUUGAGUUCUGCAGAUGUUGGACGUCAAACUAUGAGAAACUAUCCUGGACUGAUUGACUCUGUAAUGACUUAUUCCCAAAACUGUGUGGCUGCCAAUCGACCAGAUGAUAAGUCUGUGGAGAAUUGCAUCUGUAUCCUGCAUAAUCUGUCUUACCGCCUGGAUGCUGAGGUGCCAAAUAAAUACACACAGCUUAACCACAUGGCCAGGAACACUUACACAGACAAAAGCUUGACAGGAUGCUUCAAUAACAGAGGAGGGAAAAUGGAGUACGAUGAAUAUGAUCUACCUCUUCCGGAAGAGGAUUAUAAACCCAGAGGGUCCAGCUGGUUGUACCACUCUGACGCUAUUCGCACAUAUUUGUCUCUGAUGGAUCAGAGCAAGAAGGAUGCCACCUUGGAGGCUUGUGCUGGAGCUCUGCAAAAUCUGACUGCAAGCAGAGGACUGAUGUCAAACGCAAUGAGUCAACUGAUUGCUUUAAAGGAAAAAGGUUUGCCCCGCAUAGCACGCCUCCUGCAAUCCAACAAUUCUGAAGUUGUCCGAUCUGGAACAUCCUUGUUGAGCAAUAUGUCCCGACAUCCUGUUCUCCACAAAACCAUGGCUCACCAGGUGCUCCCUGAUGUGACUCGUCUUCUAGCCCUCUUGUCCCCAGGUUCCCCCAACUAUGGGGACACAAUGACAUCUGCUUGCUAUGCUCUGAGGAACCUAAUGAUAUCCAACCCACAGAUGGCCAAGCCUUAUCUGACUGGCAGCUUGAUAAAUAAUGUUGUUGGCCUUUGCCGAAAUGGAUCCUAUCCUAAAGCAGCUGAAGCGGCUCGCUUGCUACUGUCCGACCUGUGGUCAAACAGAGAGCUUCAGUCUAUACUAAAACAGCAAGGAUAUGACAAGAACAUGAUGGGAUCCUUAACAGGAAGCACUUUGAGGAAUUUGUCUUCCAGAUUCUAAGAAAGCAUCUUCGUAACAUAAUUGGAUUGGAGAAUUUGUAACUGGUUCCUGUUUGGAGACCCAAAUCUUCAAGGAAUUAGUUAAGACAUUAAAAGACAUACACAGUGUUUUGAGAAUUAGCUCCAUUGUACAACUAGGUAUGGAAACUGUAUACCUGAUUACAGAUACAGUAUCUUAAAAUGUUUAAAUGUGUUUUUUUUUUCUUUUGGUGAGAGUUGGGAUGGGUUUGGGGAUUUGAGGUUAAUGUUACUUUUUAUUCUUGUAAAAAGGGGGACUUAUAAUUUUGAAAAGUAUGUCAAAUAAGGACUUCAUCACAUGCAAUAAAACCAGCAUUUCUACAUAUUUAAGAGACGGCUACUGGCGGAGCCCAUCACAUGACUCAAGAUCAUAUCGUGGUUUCUAAGUAUUUCAUCAUUUCUAAAGUGUGUGUUUUUUCCUAUGCUUCCUAAACCAAUUAGCAAUCAACUUCUUUUUCAAUUCCCCACAUAGAGAAGUGUAAAAAUGCCCAAUUUAAUGUCUGAUGGAAAUUCCCCCUUGUCUGCUUGUAAACAUAACAAUGACAAUAUCAUGGAGGGAGGAGCUGAGAUCGGCAGUAUUGAUUCCUUUCUUCCACCAUUACCAUUUUGGGACUGAGGAGGAAAGAAUGGUAAUUUAUAUCUCUUUUUAAACAUAAAAAGUUGAAACAUACUCCCACAAGACAAAAAGAUGAUUUUUUCUAUCCAGAGAAAACGGGGAAGGAGAUAGAAGAAGAAAUAUGUCUCCUGCGUGAUGAGAAGACAAAUGGAUAAUUAGAAAAGAAAGCAGAAAGAAGGAAACCAUGUGAUGGGGAUAGGAAAAUCAUCCAUUUAAUUUCCAAAUGGGGAGUUAUGACGCUUAAGGGAAAAACAAUGAUCCCAAACACUUUACUUAUCCCGUGGGAUGAAGUCCUAAGUUAGGCACUUACUUUCCCAUCUGGUAUCAGACUUCAGUCUUAAGAAACUUUGAGGGUGACUACUUUGUUGUAAAUGUUUACAUAUAAGCAGUAUAUGUAAGGACAGGCUUCUCAGACUUUACAUUUUUAUAUUUUAUUGGACUGUGACUCCCCAGAUCUUCAAUGAUUGGGCAGGCAGGCUGAAGAUAACAGAAUUUUUAGUUCAGCACCCUCAAGGGAUCUAAUAUUGGAGAAGUUUGAUAUAGGGAAGGAGAAUCCGAAUAACAAUGUCUUUGAGUGUCAUAUACAGUAUGUAUCUGCAAGUUCAGUCCAAUGUUCAUUUACAUUCAGUCCAAGUCUCAUUGGGUUCAGUCGGAAUUAUGCAUCUGUAAGUAUGUGAAGUAGUAGAAGUCUAAAGCUGUAGUGCUAUGCACUCUUACUUGUGAAAAAAAUCCUGUUGAACACAAUGCGGCUUCCACGAGGGCAAACAUAUUUAGGCACAUGCUAUAAGCAUUUUUCAUUCAUCUGUUUUAAGAAAUUGUAUAAAAUUACUAACAUUGUAGGUGUUUAUUUCAUUGUCAGUGGCCAUUAUACACAAAUAUUUAGCAUACUAUUCUUAUUUUAGAUUGCUAAGUUUCUUCCUCCCCACCCUAAACAUUAUUGGCAUCACAUUUUUCCCUGAAUUUCUCCUGAUAGGUCUGUUUUCAUAUUCCACUCUAAUGCUAAGCAUUUAUUUUAUUAUAGAUUUUAGUUUUUAAAACCCAAGAAGCAAAUUCAUGUCAGAGAUUUUUUUUCUUGAAUAGGUUCUUGAUAUUUUUUAAAAACUUUAUUUUUAUACUAUAUAUAUGAAUUAUGGUUUGUAGAACACUGGAACUCCCAAAGUAAUGCUUAAUUGGGGGUAUAAACUACAAUAGAGUUCUCUAUGGCUCUGAAAAAGUGGAACAGCUCUGUCAAGUUGAUAAGCUCAGAUAGAAAAUAAAUGGACAGGUUAUCUGUAGGAACUGCAAUGAAAUAGUAUUAUCAAGGAACUAAUGAAAUAGAACUACCUAUUACUGGAUUAUUUUAAAUGCAACAAGAUUUAUUUCAUUUUAUUGCAACCAGUAAAUUUUAAGGCAUGGGGCAAGGGGGGCUGAUCACUUUUUUAAACCAAUGACUUCUUGUCGAGUCAUUAAAAUGUAAUUGCCUUUAUGUUUUCCAAAUACGAUGUCAGUCUUUAGUUGUAUGAGGGGCUUUUUUUUACAUGUUCCAGUGGCAUGUAAUUAUUCUCUUAUGGCUGAUGUGGAAUUUUUUGCAAAGGAAUUACUGUUUGGGGAAAAGGUGCAGGGAUUGAAUACAUAGCUGACAACUUAAACUCACCUUUCUCUUUAUAGAUAGAGAAAGGCACAGGGUGCGUGCAGAUUUGCACUGCUACAAAUUAGCGAGAAAACUUUAAACAUUCUUUCAGCCAUUUCUGCCUCCACACCUUCACCCCAUGGUCCAAAAAAGAAAAAGAGUGUUCCACCCCUCUCAUACCUGACUGAAAACAAAGACAGUAGACUAAAUCUGAUUGCUAUUUUUAAGAAUAGAUCCAUUGAAUUAAGAAAGUUGAAUUAAUGUUGAAUUAGCAAUAAGGUUUUAGCCUAUAUAUUGCACAUAGUAAGUUAGUGAUUUAAUUUAGAUAGGUUCACAUGAGAAAUUUAAAGGAAGAAAGGAAAGACAUCCACCCUCUUCUUCCCACUGACAACCAUUUAUGUUCUCUGGAGAAAUUUCUCUGGGGAAGUUGGGGGACACUUUCCUGAGGAAUGUAAGUUGUGGGUACAGAAAGCUGCUGGAUGAGGUGGGCAUUGCCCUGUGUCAGACAUACCUGAAUAAUGCAUACCUGAAUAAAUACACCUUGAAUGAACAGAGAGUGGCUAAGUAGGUGACUAGGAAAAAAAUAGUUAUAGGCUUGAAGAAACAUAAACCUUAGGAAGCAGUGAGGCUUGGGAAAAGAAGACUGAAAUAGGAAGUGGUUCAGAAUAAGGAAGAGGAGAAGAAGGAGUUGAGAAGGGGGCAGCUGAGAGGCAAAUGGAGAGGGAUGGGUGGGCAUUGACCAAAACACCAAAGAGGAAGAAAUAUAAAAUGUAUUUAUUAUUAUUUCUUGCAAUAACCAACCGAUGUCUUUGAAAAUAGGUGUCCAAAAUCUAACUGGUGUACUUUUCCCAGCUCCUAAUUAGAUUGUAUUCCAUCUUUUUUGUUGUACACUGGGACUGUAGAACUCUGACAGCAAUGUUGCUGCCAUUGUAAGUCCCCACAAUACCUAAAUAUAAAUACUGUUUUGGACCAUUUUGGGAAGUUGCCUGGAGCUGGUUGAGAGCAAUAAACUGAUAAUAUUUUUAAGAAAGGAGGGCUAUGUGCUGGGAACCCAACGAAUGCCUGAGAAUACUGUUUUGUGAUGCCAGGUGUAGUAAUAAACAAUAUAUUUAACAUUAGAUUCUUUAUAAUUAUAAUAAAGUGAUAAAAUAUCUAUUGGCAUAUUCUUAUGCAUUAAUGUGUGUACACAUACAUUGGUUUGGCUAUGUUGAUAAAAUUAUUAGGUGUAAUAGCAGUGAUAUCAACAUAUCUUUAACUUUCUAGGUUAAUAAAAGGCUUUGGUGCAACUAGUCAAUGAUCAAAUAAUCAAAACCCACCGUUUAUGUUUGCUUCCUCUCUGUAAUCCAGUCCCAUAAAUGUUUGUAUGUAGCAAGGGCAUCAUUCUCACCAAUACGGCUGUAAAAUUAAGAAAUUCAGUGGGUUUUGAAGAGUUAUAUACAAGCAGUUAUGCCAAUAGUUCUAUGAUGGUUCAUGUUUUUUUGCUUAUGCCAUUAAGUCCUUUUGUCACAUAACUCUAGAUCUAAUGUACUAUUUGCCAAUCUAUAUUGUAUGGAUCAUAUAUGUCACUCUGGAAUAUUAUUUGGAAGGAUGAGCUGAACCCAGCAAGCAAAUUGUAACAAUAGUGAUAUUUGCAUAGGACAUAGCUCAUGUAAAUAAAUGAUGUGGCUGAUUAUGGUCACAACACAACAAAAGCAAAUGGUACUUUCCUUAUAAGGACUUGUUUUUUAUGUCUUACAAAGUGCUAGUGAAAGAAUGUUGUGGGUCUAUCCAGUACAUCAUUUCAGAAGACACAAGCAGAACAAAAAAUGAACUUUUGCCAGCUUUUGUCCUCUUUUGUAUGGCUUACUACUUUUCUAAUAUCACAACAACCACUAAUUCAUCUAUGCAAUUAUACAAAGUAUUUUGUAAGAUAUAUGUGUGAGAAUCCCAUGUCAGCAUUGUUUUUCCUCUACUGUAUGUGUAUUUGCUUCAUUGUAACACUAAGAUCAAUAAAGUGCUGGAAGUUAAGUUUUCA